CGCGAAACAGACACGGGGCGCGCGAAGCCCGCAUCAGCUGCCAGGAGGGGGAGGACAAAGGUCUUUCCUUUUUGGACGGAUCCUUUGUACCGCCUGCCUUUCUCGGACUCAUGUCCGGAUGGGCAGGCGGGCGCUUGGGUAUAUAUACGCACGGCGGUGCGGGGAGAUGUACAACACCUUCCCUCCUCAGGCAGCGCCCGACCCGCAUUCGCAUUCGCACCAGCAUACCCGGCUCGCACAUACAUCCCAUUCCGUCUCAUACCCAUCCAUCGCAUCGGUCAGCAUGUUCCAAGUCGCGUCGCACCCCUCUUCCUUCGCCACACACGGCCAUGGGCACCACCACUCGCACCACUCGUCCUCGCAUCACUCGUCUGCGCAUGGCUCGCACGGCGUCAACUUGCCUCGGACCCUUCAGCGCCCUCAAUUCUACGAUAUCCCCUCCCGUAAUAUCACGGCGGUCGCGCCAGACCUUGCCGGUGUUCCUAUCGAAUACGUUCGCCGCGGACUGUACCCCCGAGCCAGAGAGAUGAUCGGCGGUAUCUCCACCCUCAACGUCCCCUCUACCAUGCCCGCGAACCACCUCCCAAAGCACCUCAACGUCGGCUGCCGCGCGACCCCCGGUGUCUCCUACCCCACCCACCUCCUCGCCGUCUGCGCCAGCAAGUCCGGCGAUGCGCACGCCAAGCUCGUCCCCACCCACGCACUCGUCCUCGCCGCGCACUGCGCGCACGUCGAGCCCCUCGACGCCGCCGCGCCGCAGCCCGGCGGGAGCGUGCUCCCCCUCCGCAUCGUCCGCAUGGCCGUCCCCUCGCCCGCCGCGUUCCCCAUUCUGCACGCGUACAUGUACAACCACCGCGCGGACGCGGUCGCGCAGGCGCUCUUCCCCGCGCUCCCGGCCGGCGCCGCGCGCGCGUUCGCGACGCACCAGGGCAUCACCGUCGCGCUCGGCUCGGGGCAGGCGAAGCACCAGCUCGCGGCGCAGCUCAUGCAGGCGGAGGGCGGCAACCUCAGCCGGCUCACCGCGGACGCGGCGCAUGUAAAGGAGGCGUGGCAGGACAUGGUCUCGCUCGGGAUGUACGACGCGCAGCUCUGGGAUACCAUCGACCUCUGCUGGGAGGUCGUCCUCGCGGCGCUCAACCUCGCCGCUGCUCAGCAGUAGAUGUGUGCUACGGCCCGGCAGUUAAUAGCUGCCAGAAGAGGAAGCCGAGGGCGUUGGCGCUGGCACACAACGCCCUCAUCUCACCUCGAACACUCACGCGUCUCCGAAUCCCGCGAACGCUAAAACACCCCGUAUCUUCGUCUUUCCACGACGCUCCUACGUCUUACAUGACGCCUCUUCCUUCGUCUUCUCUGACAAUCUCACCAUCUGGACCUCGCAUAUACCCUUACUUACACCCCCUAGUUCGCGUUCGCUUACAGCCUACACUUAACACCUCGCUUCGUUUCGUUUCGUCUGCCUUUCCGUCUCUUCCCUUCGCAAGCUACCCUACCCCCUACUAAUACUGUCCCGUCUUCUCAUCUCAUCUCAAAAUUGUAGCUUUAGCCGCGUUAAGUACUUUGAAUUGGCAUUAUUGGUGGUUUUAUCGUGAA